AUGGCUAAUUACAAAGUUCUUAGUAUUUUUGGCUUUCUGUUAUUGGGUUUAGGCAUUUGUUCUGCAACUAGAGCCCUCCUCACUCUUGAAGGACCUAAACACACUCCUGAGUUUGGCCAUGAUGUAGUACAUGGCACAGGUGUCGGGUAUGGUGGUGGAGGAGGAUUAGGAGGUGGCUCUGGGUAUGGAGAUGCAGGGGAACAUGGUGUUGGUGGCUAUGGUAGUGGAGGCGGUAGUGGAGAAGGUGGUGGAGUAGGCUAUGGAGCUGUUGGUGGACAUGGUGGAGGAUACGGAGGUGGUGGUGGCAGUGGCGGUAGUUAUGGUGCAAGAGGAGCUGGAUAUGGAAUCGGUGGUGGUGAAGGAGGAGGAGGGGGAUAUGGAGCUGGUGGUGAACAUGGGGAAGGAUAUGGUGGUGGUGGUGGAGGAGGAGGAGGAAAGGGUGGCGGUAGUGGUGGUGUUGUGGGAUAUGGAGCAGGAGGAGAGCAUGGUACUGGUUAUGGAGGUGGUGCCGGAUAUGGAGCUGGUGGUGAUCAUGGAGUUGGAUAUGGUAGUGGUAGUGGUGGAGGAAAAGGUGGUGGAUAUGGUGUAGGAGGGGAGUAUGGUGCUGGUUAUGGAGGUGGUGAAGGAGGAGGUCACGGUGGUGGCUACGGUGAAGGAGGAGAACAUGGGGCUGGCUAUGGAGGGGGAGGUGGUGGUGGGAGUGGCAGUGGUGGUGGGACAAGUUAUGGUGCUGGUGGAGCACACGAAGUUGGAUAUGGAAGUGGUGGAGGAACAGGUGGAGGUUAUGGUGGUGGUGGUACUGGCUAUGGUGGCGGCGGCGGCUAUGGUAGUGGUAGUGGCUAUGGUGUUGGAGUUGAACAUGGGGUAGGAUAUGGAGGUGGUGGGGGGAGUGGUAGUGGUGGUGGGACAAGUUAUGGUGCUGGUGGAGCACAUGGAGGUGGAUAUGGAAGUGGUGGAGGAACAGGUGGAGGUUAUGGUGGUGGCGGUGGCUAUGGUGGUGGUGGUGGCUAUGGUAGUGGCAGUGGCUAUGGUGUUGGAGUUGAACAUGGGGUAGGAUAUGGAGGUGGUGGUGGGAGUGGUGGAGGUGGUGGCCAUGGUGGCUAUUCCCCUUGA